AUGCGUCACAUCUACAGCGGUGGAGAAUCUGCCGUGGCCUGCCCCAAGCUCGGCUUCAACGCGGCGGCAAUCAACGACGACGCCAUGACCGCCAGCUGGCUAGCUUUCCAGCAGCAAUCGGGCCUCCGUGCCGCCGAAUCCUGCCCGCCAGCCGAGUGGGAGGACAGAUGCCCGCCCGGGGCGAUCAUGCUCCUGGCGGAGAAACGGAGGGGCGGGUGCCGCGCGGCCGGCUGCGUUGCGGUGGGCGGCGAACUCAACGACAACAACAAAGAUGAUGAAUGGGAGAUCCUGCGGGUGGUCACGGCCCAACAGACCGCCCUCCUUCAGGCCGCGAAGCCCACUAUGCCGAAGACGUUCUACCAGCACGUCGCGGGCCAGCAGCGGGCGUACGCCAAGGACGAGAAACGAUUCGCCGGGAAGCUUGUGAAGGCCAUGAAGAGCUCGCCCCCCUCGGACAUCGAACUUGUCCGCGCUCUGGUCGACGAAGCCACUACGAAGGGAUUCCGAUCAGCUGCAACAGACGAGGCUACCAAGGCCGUGACAAAGCAUGAUGAUCAGCAGAGCGCGAUCGCCAUCUUCAGGAGUCUUCCCGGGGCCUUCGUCCGCCAGGUGGCGGAAGCUUCGCUUGUUGUCACGAGGCACUCGAACAAACAGCGCAAGAAAAUUCUUGCGCUGCAGCUGACCAACAACAAGGUCCUGUCGACGGCCGCUUCUGACAAGGAGAGGUCGGCCCGGAGGGAGGGCGACCUCCGUGCGAAGCUCGACACCGCCGGGGACACCAUCGCCUCCCUGACCGACACGGUGGCCGAGCAGCAGAUGGCCGCUGCGAUGGAGUGCGAGCGGUUUGAACAGGCCCUGCGCCAGCUCGACAACGAGCUCAAGACUUCGAGGCAAGCCGCUCGAGCGGAGCUCGAGUUCUGCGAGCGGGAUCUCGCAGAGGUGGACAGCGCGUCUGUGUCUCUCUCGCUCUUCACCGCCGAGAAGAGCCACCACGGAGACCUUCUCGCACCCAAGACCUGCCCGGUCACACACGUGGCGGCGCUUGGCAUGCACGACCGGUCUGCGGCGCACGAGGCGGCGCAAUGGACAUGCGCCCGCCUGGAUGCGGUGCAGCGCAUGGUAGAUGCAUCGGCAUCGAGGUGGGAGCAGGACCAGGCGACGUGCCUGCUGAAGGAAGCAGGAGCUAGGGACCGAGAGGUCGAGCUCAACCGCCUCCUGGACGCGGGUGAGGAAAUUCGGAAGGACCUCGAGGACGACCUUGCCUUGUCUGAGGAGGAGUUGGACGACACGCAGACGGCCGCCGACUCGUGCGCCGCGGACUUCGAGGACAUCUCCUCCCGUUCGGUGGACCUUGUUCGCACCCUCCAGGAGGAUGUGGAAAAGACGGCGGUGCGCGUGGGAGGUCUCGCCUCUGCCGCCCCGGAAGCGGAAGACCUUGACGGAUCAGACUACGACAUGAUCCGCGCCCGCUUGGAGGCCGUGCAGCGGCUGGUAUUGACGGCCACGUCGACGCUGGAGGCGGAAAUCUUCACGUGCCAAGGCGAGAAGGCAGACGCGGGGGACCGCGAAGCCGAGAUCGAGGAGCAGCGGCAGGAGCUCGAGGACGAGCUCGCCGUGUGUGAGGAGGAGUUGGACGAGACUCAGACGGCCGCUGACUCGUGCGCCGCGGACUUCGAGGACAUCUCUUCCCGUUCGGUGGACCUGGUUCGUACCCUCCAGGAGGAUGCGGCAAAGACGACGGUGCACGUGGGAGGUCUCGCCCCGGAAGCGGAAGACCGUAUAGGGUCGGACUACGACAUGAUCCGGCGGAUGGUUCCAACAAGGCUUGGGUGUUGUGCACCGAGGGCCUGA